UAACGUUAGCUUACUCGGAAGUCAUGGGUCAUAGCUAGAGAGGAUAUAACGUUACAAGUCCGCCUCUGCUUUCUCCUAGUCCUCCAUACUCCACCUGACCAGACUUUAAUAUCAGUGACUGCAAGCUUGCUGUUGGAAAUCCAACAAGAUGAUGGGUCGAGGGGUACCGUGCCAUGAUUCUAGGGGAGCCAGUUUUUCCCAAAUCCUAAAGAUGAACGCUGCGUCCCUGCCCAGCAUGAACAUGUCCUACCUGCCCAUGUCCAUGGAAGACGUCAACAACAACCUCCUACUGCAUCCUGCAAGCAGCAGCCCCAAACUUAAAACAGGUUGUAAAUCUUCUAAGAGCAUCCCAACUGAACUGAUCAAAAGAUAUCAAAGGGGUGAGACUCAUGCUGUGUCAGCCCUCUAUCAGCUUUCUCAGGUACUGCAGUUUCAGCUGGAGUUAAAGGAAACCGUGACCACAGGUAACAUCCUAGGGUUCUAUUUUGCCUUCUGUGCCGUGAUCGAUGGUGUGGAGUACAAGACCGGAAUGGGGCAGACCAAGAAGGAGGCGCGCGCCAAAGCAGCACAACUUGCCCUGGAAGACUUGUUGCCCACCUUGGGGUCGCAGUCCCUGCUGCCGGACGUGUCAGAAGGUCCUCCUCCACUGCCUGUGAAAGAGAAGGAAUCUACUGUGGCAGACUUCCACCCUGGGAGAGCUUCAUGUGAGAGGAAGAGUACCUUCAAUACACAGAUCCCGAAAGCCGUGAAAGAAGCUUACAGUAAGCUCAUGGAGGGGUACCCUGAAUUCUCCUCCCGCGAGAAGACUUUGGCGGCUUUCGUUACUCAAUCGCCUGCAGGCUGCGAAGUAGUUGCCAUGGGAACAGGGGAUUUCAAUACCAAAGAGAGCGUCACUCCCAAUGGACGGACCCUCCAUGAUUCCCACGCAGUGGUGACUGCACGCCGAUCCCUGAUGCGGUACCUGUUCAGACACCUACUGCUAUUCUUCAGUAAGAAUCGUGCCCUUGUGGAGAAGUCUGUUUUCCAGCAGGAUGAGACCACCAAACUACUGAGCCUGAAGAGCCACAUCUCACUACACCUAUACCUGAACCAACUUCCCAAAGGCGCUGCCCAGAUCCCUUCUCAUCUUCGACUGAACCCCCUGUCCAUCGCAGCCUGGGAGGUGAACAACCAGAUCGGCCUCCAUGUCACCAUCCAGGGCAAGGUCUUCUCUGUCUUCUCCUCCACCUUUGACCAGACAGCCACCAAAGUGGUGAGCGCUUCGGCCAGCGACAAGCUGACCCAGUGGCAGGUGCUGGGCUUCCAGGGAGCCCUCCUCAGCCACUUCAUCGAGCCCGUCUACGUGAGCAGCAUUCUCGUAGGGGAUGCCUUGUGCAGUGAUGUGCGCGGGAUGGAGAUUGCGGUGAGUCAACGUGUGGAAGGCAUCACGUCGCGCCUGCCGAUGUUCUACUGUGUGUACCGGCCCCUGAUCAGCCUGGUGCCCGCUGUGUGCCCAGAGAGCCACGCCCCCUCCCCCACAGGCCCCACCCACCAGGCCCUCGCCAUCAACUGGAGCCAAGGAGACGUGUCCCUGGAGGCUGUGGAUGGGCUGGAGGGCCGGUCCAUCGAAGACUCUCCAUUCAAGAGUGGGCCCGCCUUGGCCAGCCGUCUGUGCAAAGCUGCAAUGCUGAGCCGCUUCAAUCUGGUGGUACAGGAAGCACAGAGACCCAAACUGCUGGCUGCUGUUUCUUACAGAGAAGCUAAGAUGAUGGCGAAGUCGUAUCAGGAGGCCAAGAAUGUGCUUAAGUCCUACCUCUCACAGAAAGGCUAUGGGUCUUGGCCAGUCAAAUCCCCGGUCAGUGACCACUUCUGCAUGUGAGAGCGCCCGCAGUCAUAGCUCCGACCGGUCGUAUUAGCGGAGACGUUAAACCUGCAGACAUCGCGGUAACAGCCUGGUAAUUUAACAAAAAACUGUGACCCAGGUAUAUGACUGGCUCAUGUGAACUGCACUGCUGUUGGACUCACACCUGGAUCUAGUGCCUGUUUGAAGUGCUUUAUCUUGAGAGGUUUGGUAUGAAUAUUGGUGAUUCCUUUUUUUCUUUUUUAUUAUUAUUUAAUUUAAUUUUUAUUGGUGAAAACAUUUCUUUUAAAAUGUAUGUAACCUUCUGGCAUUGUUUUGGUUUUCAAGGGUUAAAAUAUGUCAGAUACAUAUUUGAUCCAGAUGUGGUUGAGAUCGACUCGCUGAGAUGUUCUGUUUGGUCCAUCUGUUCCCGGCAGAGACCACACUUAGAGGAAAAAUCAAGGUUGCACGUUCUGCAUUGAUGCCAUCGUGUAUAUAAUUCUAAUAUGAAAAUUUCUGGGCUCUUAAGAAUAUUUGGCAUUUGUCUUGAUUAGUAAUCACCACGCAAGUUACUUCUGCUCAGUUUGAUGGUGUGAAUAGAUAAGUUUAGUUAAAAAGAAAAUGUUUUGUUUUGAAUGAAGUUUUUGGAGUAAAAAAUAAAAUAAAGAAAAAAAGCAUUUUUUUCACAUAAA